AUGACUACAGCAAGAUAUAGGCCUACCUGGGACUUGGUACUCGACCCAUUAGUGUCCUGCAAGCUCUGCCUCGGUGAAUAUCCCGUGGAGCAGAUGACAACAAUAGCACAAUGCCAAUGCAUCUUCUGUACCCUGUGCCUAAAACAGUAUGUGGAACUUUUGAUCAAAGAAGGUCUAGAAACAGCGAUCAGCUGCCCUGAUGCUGCCUGCCCAAAGCGAGGUCAUCUGCAAGAAAAUGAGAUUGAGUGCAUGGUUGCAUCAGAAAUCAUGCAAAGGUAUAAGAAGCUGCAGUUUGAAAGAGAAGUGCUUUUGGAUCCAUGUCGGACUUGGUGUCCAUCCUCUACUUGCCAGGCAGUUUGCCAGCUCCAGGAAUCAAGCCCACAGGACCCCCAGCUUGUCCAGUGCAAAGCCUGUGACAUUGAGUUCUGCUCUGCUUGCAAAUCUAAUUGGCAUCCAGGUCAAGGCUGUCAGGAGAACAUGCCAAUCUCUUUUCUUCCAGGAGAAACAAGUUCAGUUUUUAAAAUGGAAGAAGAUGAUGCUCCAAUCAAACGCUGUCCAAAGUGCAAAGUUUACAUUGAACGAGAUGAAGGCUGUGCCCAAAUGAUGUGUAAGAACUGCAAACAUGCCUUUUGCUGGUACUGUCUGGAAUCUCUUGAUGAUGAUUUUCUCCUUAUACAUUACGACAAAGGACCGUGUCGAAACAAGCUGGGACACUCCAGGGCGUCUGUUAUCUGGCACAGAACACAGGUGGUAGGAAUUUUUGCAGGAUUUGGUCUUCUACUUUUGGUGGCCUCCCCUUUCCUUCUACUUGCUACACCAUUUGUUCUGUGCUGCAAGUGCAAAUGUAAUAAAGGAGAUGAUGACCCUCUUCCUACCUAGACUGAGAGAAGACUGGACUCAUCACAUGUGUUUUGAUUUUAUUGUUGCUGUUGAUGUUUCCCUCUUGCACUUACAUUGCUGUAGCCUUACUUGCCCCGUUCUGCUUUUCAUUGACACACAGUCUUGGUUCCAGGAACUGCGGUUACAACUGGGGCGUAGAUCGAUUGAUAAUAGACAAGGAGGGUAAUGGAAGGCAAGUUUGGUGCUAAAGGGAGACGAUGGACCCAGAUAGCUAUCUGAAAGAAGAGGUGAUACUGCUAAAAAUAAUGCGAACAGUUUCUGUUGCCCUGCUGGUGGACUUGGAACUGUGCUGAAUGACAUCAACAAAACAAGCUAAAAAUGCAUACAAAUCUAAACUUUUUGCAUAUCCAUUCGCUUCAAAAUUUGGUGUCUUAUUCCUGUAUGUAUUUAAGUUGCCUAUCAUUU